AUGUCUGACGUGCCCGCUACCAGUCGCGCAGAUGAAGUUCAGACAUUGCUUAACGCGGUGCAAGAUCUUCUCAUCCCCUUCAUUCGAGACGCCGACGAGAUUCCCAACUCCACACUACACCAGACCAAUGGACCAUCGGAAUCCACGAGAACGGCAUUGGUAGACUACAAGAAGCCCGAGGAGCUUCGGAAGAUCCUCGACCUCGAGAUUCCCGCCCAAGGCCGACAACAGGAAGGUCUCUUGGAGGUUCUGCAAAAGGUCUUGAAAUACUCGGUCAACACCUGGCACCAGGGUUUCCUGGAUAAACUCUAUGCGUCCACCAAUGCUCCCGGUGUAGCGGCCGAGCUGAUUCUGGCCACCCUCAACACCAACGUCCACGUCUACCAGGUCUCGCCCGCAUUGACCGUCGUGGAAAAAUUCACCGGUCAGAAAUUGGCGCAUCUGUUUGGUUUGACCGGGCCUCGGGCAGGUGGUAUCACUGUGCAGGGCGGAUCGGCCUCGAACACGACCUCCAUUGUUAUUGCACGAAACAACCUGUAUCCCGAGACCAAGGCGGAGGGAAACGGCGGGUACAAGUUUGUCCUCUUUACCAGCGCCCAUGGCCACUACAGUGUGGAAAAGGCCGCCCAAAUGCUGGGCUUCGGCAGCAACGCUGUCUGGUCGGUGCCCAUUGACAAGCACGGCCGAAUGAUCUCCACGGAGUUGGAGCAGCUGGUGCAAAAGGCCCAGAGCGAGGGUCGAACUCCCUUCUACGUGAACGCCACGGCGGGGACGACGGUGAUGGGCUCCUUUGACCCGUUUACGGAAAUCGCGGCCAUUUGCCAGAAAUAUAACAUGUGGUUCCACAUUGACGGCUCCUGGGGUGGUCCUUUCAUCUUCUCGCAGAGUCAGAAGCACAAGCUCACGGGCUCACACUUGGCCAACAGCAUCACCAUCAACCCGCACAAGAUGCUCGGUGUCCCAGUGACCUGCUCAUUCCUCCUGGCCGCAGACAUGCGCCAGUUCCACCGCGCCAACACCCUCCCAGCAGGCUAUCUCUUCCACAACGAAGAUCCCGAACUCACCGACUCCGAGCCAGCGCAAGCGCAGGCCGAGGACUCCAGUCCCGAGGUAUGGGACCUCGCCGAUCUGACUCUGCAAUGUGGCCGCCGCGCGGACGCUCUCAAGCUCUUCCUCGGCUGGACCUACUACGGCACCGAAGGUUACGAGAAGCAAAUCAACAACGCAUGCGAUGUGGCCCUGCACCUAGCCACCCUGGUUUCGCAGAACCCCAACUUCACCCUCGUUAGCGAAACCCCACCCCCCUGUCUGCAGGUCUGCUUCCACUACACGCCUAACCGCAAGAUGGUCUAUCCGCGCGACGUGGUCUCGAACGAGCCGCAGCGUGCCAAGAACAACAGCAAGGUCACUGAACAGAUCACGCACGCGAUCGUGCAAAAGGGAUUCAUGGUCGACUUUGCUCCCCCCAGUGGCGAUGACAAUGAGUUUGGAAAUGGCAAGUUCUUCCGUUGCGUAGUCAACGUGCAGACUAGCAAGGAGACGGUGGAGAAUCUCAUUCGUGCUGUCGAGGAAGUGGGCCCUGCCAUUGUCGAGUCACUCACCACGACCACCCCUGUACUUCCUACGAAGCGGCUCGGGGAGCGUGGACACGGUCCUGUGGUGCAUCAAUAUCGCUGA